CGCGCCGCUCCUCCUGCGGCCGCGCCCCGCCCCCUCCUCUCGCGCCGCCGGAAGUGGGAGGUGCGCCGCCGCCAGCGCUCGGCCCUCCCCCGAGGCCCGGCCGCCCCCUCCCCCGCUCCGCCCGCUCAGAGCAUGAUGGCAGCGUCCGAGGUAGCUGGUGUGGCCAAUGCCCCCAAUCCUCCGGAACCCUCCUCUAGUCCCUGUGCUUCCAAAUCAGAAGAAGGUCUGCUAGAUGGUCUAAGCCCCAAAGACCCUGCACAGAAGCACAAGAACUCACCUCCGUCAAGUGUAAGUAGCCAAACGGUAACCAAGGAGAAUAACAGAAAUGUCCAUUUGGAACAACCAGAGCAGAAUCCUGGUUCGUCAGCAGGUGACACCUCAGCAGCACACCAGGCGGUUUUAGGAGAGAACUUGAUAGCCACAGACCUUGGUCUUUCUGGCGCUGGGUCUCAGUCUGAUUUGAAGGACGUGGCCAGCACAGCAGGAGAGGAGGGGAAUCCGUGCCUCGGGGAGAGCCUCCAUCCUGUCACUCGGUCUCUUAAGGCAGGGGGCCAUGCAAAGCAACAUGCCUCCGGGAAUUGUCCUGAAGAGAAGUCCCCACAAGCCUCCAUCCUAAAGGAAGGGAGCAGGGACACAGGCUUGGAUUUCCGACCUGUAGUACCUCCAGCAAAUGGGGUUGAAGGAGUCAGAGUGGAUCAGGAUGAUGAUCAGGAUAGCUCUUCCCUGAAGCUUUCUCAGAACAUUGCUGUACAGACUGACUUUAAGACAGCUGAGUCAGAGGUAAACACAGAUCAAGAUAUUGAAAAGAAUCUGGAUAAAAUGAUGACAGAGAGAACCCUGUUGAAGGAACGUUACCAGGAGGUCCUGGACAAGCAGAGGCAAGUGGAGAAUCAGCUCCAAGUGCAACUCAAGCAACUUCAGCAAAGGAGAGAAGAAGAAAUGAAGAACCACCAGGAGAUAUUAAAAGCUAUCCAGGAUGUAACAAUAAAACGAGAAGAAACAAAGAAGAAGAUAGAGAAAGAAAAGAAAGAGUUUUUGCAGAAGGAGCAGGAUCUGAAAGCUGAAAUUGAGAAACUUUGUGAGAAGGGCAGAAGAGAGGUGUGGGAAAUGGAACUGGAUAGACUCAAGAAUCAGGAUGGUGAAAUAAAUCAGAACAUUAUGGAAGAGACAGAACGGGCCUGGAAGGCAGAGGUCUUAUCACUAGAGAGUCGGAAAGAACUGCUGGUGUUGAAGCUAGAAGAAGCUGAAAAAGAGGCAGAGCUGCACCUUACUUACCUCAAGUCAACUCCCCCAACACUAGACACAGUUCGUUCCAAACAGGAGUGGGAGACAAGACUGAAUGGAGUCCGGAUGAUGAAAAAGAAUGUCCGGGACCAGUUUAACAGUCACAUCCAGCUGGUGCGGAACGGGGCCAAGCUGAGCAGCCUUCCUCAGAUCCCUACUCCCACUCUGCCUCCGCCCCCGUCCGAGACAGACUUCAUGCUUCAGGUGUUUCAGCCCAAUCCCUCUUUGGUUCCUCGGAUGCCCUUCUCCAUUGGGCAGGUCACAAUGCCCAUGGUUAUGCCCAGUGCAGAUCCCCGUUCCUUGUCUUUCCCAAUCCUGAACCCUGCCCUUUCCCAGCCCAGCCAGCCUUCCCCACCCCUUCCUGGCUCCCAUGGGAGAAAUAGCCCUGGCUUGGGUUCCCUUGUUGGCUCCCAUGGUCCACACAUGCCCCCUGCCGCCUCCAUCCCGCCUCCCCCAGGCUUGGGCGGUGUUAAGGCUUCUACUGAAACUCCCCGGCCCCAACCAGUAGACAAACUAGAGAAGAUCCUGGAAAAACUGCUGGCUCGGUUCCCACAAUGCAAUAAGGCCCAGAUGACCAACAUUCUUCAGCAAAUCAAGACGGCCCGUACCACCAUGGCAGGCCUGACCAUGGAGGAACUGAUCCAGUUGGUAGCUGCACGACUGGCAGAACGUGAGCGAGUGGCAGCAAGCACUCAGCCACUCGGUCGGAUCCGGGCCUUGUUCCCUGCUCCAUUGGCCCAAAUCAAUACCCCAAUGUUCUUGCCUUCUGCACAAGUGUCAUAUCCUGGAAGGUCUUCACAUGCUCCAGCCACCUGUAAGCUGUGUCUCAUGUGCCAGAAGCUGGUCCAGCCCAGCGAGCUGCAUCCAAUGGCAUGUUCCCACGUGUUGCAUAAGGAGUGUAUCAAAUUCUGGGCCCAGACCAACACAAAUGACACUUGUCCCUUUUGCCCAACUCCUAAAUGAUGGACCUGAUUGGGAGGAAGAAGAGAAGCUGAUGUGAACAGGAAGCGCGGGUUCAAGAUUUCUAAAACUCUAUAUUUAUACAGUGAUGUAUACUCAUGCCAUGUACAUUUUUAUUAUAUAGGUAAUGUGUGUAUAGAAAGUCUGUAUUCAAUGUUCGUAAAUGAAAGUGUGUAUAUUAUGCAAAAAUGGUCUGUCCCCCUCAGCUUGCAAUUCCUUGAGGGGGAUGCAAAUGGUAGCUAAGAUGAUAUUUAGUUUGGUCUUGAAAUUAUGAUAUUCCUGCCUAAGGCUGUCUUCAAAUAUAAAAACCAGUGGGAAGCU